GGUGGCCAGUCGGGAGGUUUGAAGACCGGAGGAAGGCGGGGCGAGUGGGCGGGGUUAGUGUUUUGGUUGGUCGGGAGUGACGUAUCCGGAGCGACUUCCUGGUCUGUCUGCUCCCUGGGAGGAGGAGACGGAGACUGCAGUGUUGUUAGUUUGAACAAAAUGGCUGCGAGACCACUGUCAAGGAGAGCUCACUGAACGCCUACCAUGAGUGUCCGCUCCGCCGUCUGGAUCAACACAGAAUGUAUUUCCCCGGAGUCGCUACUCAUUUUGCAUUUGCGGUAGCCAGUCCGUCGCUAGUCGUCCAACCGACGACUUAAACAACAACAACAACAACAAAAAUCUUUUGCACUUUAAAACAAGUUGGGUGGCUGGCUGACGGCCGUCGGCUUGCUCCGCGAGAAGUCAUCGGCGAUUUUUUUUUUAACGAAAACUGCCUGAUUUCUCUGGUUUGCAAAACCUUGCAACGGUCGACGACUUACGACGCCAACCAGCUAACGUUAGCUUACAUAAUUUAGCUGCUUUUAAAAGUCAUUUUAAUCGUGUUCGUAUUUUUUUUGUUUUUGUUAUUAGUGGUGCUUCGUCCGCUUCCCCGCCCCCUCCCCCCGUUAAAUCGUGACGUUUUAACAAAUUGUUUUUUGGUAAAAAUAAUUUCACAGCGUAUGUGUUUUGGGUUUUAUUUUUUAAUCUUUUUUUCUUCUUGCUCAAAGCAUAAAUUACCGUACUUGCUGUGUAUAUAUCUGGCUGAGUAGCCGUUGUUUACCUCGGUAUCUUGUCACCAAGCUGCUACAGCAGCAGUCGGCUUAUCUACCAAGUCUGACUUUAAUUACGACUAAAUCUCUGCUCCAUCUCUUUACGGGUAACUUUAGAAAAGACAUCGGAGAAUGCUUUUAUGCAUUUCCCCCCCCUGCCAUGCAUCGACUCUUAACUGAAAGCUGCCAAAGCUGUGAUUAAAGCAAGCUGAGAGAAGCUAGCAACAGAAGAAAGAGAACCAUUUGAUGGAAGAAAAGAAAAAGAAAAAACAAGAAGAAAAGACCAAGAAGGAAAUUGCUCAGAAAAAGGCUGCUGAUCAGAAACCCAAAGUGCCAGAGCCUGCUCCCACUAAGCCCAGUCCCGGCCCAUCCCACCACCCCGCCAGCCCCACGCUGCCCCUCUCCUCCUCCUCCUCUUCUUCUGGCAAUGGCAAGCGCGCCUCCUGCAGUAGCCAGCUCCUGACUCAGACUCCCCCUCAGCAACAGUGCCAGUUGUCCUCUGCCAGUGCUCGCUACCCACCCAGAGAGGUGCCCCCGCGCUUCCGUCAGCAGGAGCACAAGCAGCUACUGAAGAGAGGCCAGCCACUGCCAGCAGGAGCCCUCAGCACUCUCACUCUCUCCUCCUCUUGCUCCUCUUCCUCCUCUUCACCCUCAGCAUCUUACUCUUCUUCUACGAGUACCAGCAGCACUACCACAAACUCUACCACGUCCACUGCGAGCAAACACCACCAAGCUGGUGCCCAGUAUGAGAUCUCUUAUUGGGGAGCCUCUGUACCAGUUGACAGCCCAUCAAGUGCCAACAGCUGGGACAAAGUGAUUAUUGACAAGAGUGAUACAGAAGCUUGGCCCUCCAUCAGCCGCAGUAGUGACCCCUGCAACCCUGUAACACCAGAAUGCCCCUCGGGCUCCACCAGCUCUAACCUAGACACCAGUGCUGUCACUACUACCAGUAGGAGUAGUUUUGUGAGUAUGGCCACAGGCGCAGCAGGCCAGCAGGCCCACUACCCCUCUCUCAAAGCUAACAAUAACAUGAUGACAGGACCUGGAUCAACCAACGCAUUAGUAGGUAAUAGAGGCUGGGUUUCAGAUGGUAAACAAGAUGGUAUGAAUAGUGGCAGAGUUGGAGCACCCAAUAACUGGGGCUCUUCCAAUUUUAACUUGAAUCUCAACCCAAAUGCCAAUCCUUCAGCCUGGCCUGUUCUGGGCCAUGAGAGUGUUGGAGGUGGUACCAGUGGGGUGUCCAGCUCUUCAUCCCUUCCACCAGGCAUAAAUGGCAAUGGAAAUUUAGGAAAUGGGAACAUGGGAGGUGCUGAUAACAGUGGGGGAAGUUGGGUUGGCAUGAUGAGUGCUACAGAAAAUGAGCAACAGCACCCUUCAACCAACACAAACUUGUCCUUCAAUUUAGAGCCUGUUAACCUUAACACUGAUGGACCAAACCACACUAAACAACAACAACAAGCUCAGGAGCCUAUGAGCCCUAUCCAUGGUUUAACUGGUUGGGGAGGCCAGUCACCCACUGAGUCAUCCCAGCUCAAUGGGGAUACAACCGGCAGCUCUGUAUGGGGUAGUGGAGAAACCAAGGCAGCUGACUCCCCCAAGGACUCCAGCUGGGACUCAACAACAUCUGGAGGCCUCUCUGCUUGGGGUCGCCAAGGCAGUGGUGGUGGGAGUAGUGGAAGUGGUGGCUGGGGUGAUUGGGGAAAAUCCUCUGGCGGUGGAGAAGCAACUAAAGGUUGGGACAACAUAGAUGCUGGUAGUUCUGGCUCAGGCCAAGACCAACAACUGAGCUCUUGGGGCCAGCAGCUUGGAACAGCCCCAGCAAGUGAGGACAGCGGAGACAGCAGUGAAGGUCGAUCCCAGCCUAGAGACAGAUCCUCCAGCAUGGAAUUUGCCCCUUUGCUACCACGGCAAGACCUUGACCCUAGAGUCCUGAGUAACACAGGUUGGGGACAGACCCCCGUCCGACAGAACACUGUAUGGGAGAUGGAAGAAGCAAACUCUGAUGAUGGAAAGAGCAGUAGCAGCUCAGACACCAUAGGAGCCUCCAGCUCCAAUGGCGGACCCUCAUCUACCAAUGGCACCAUAACUCCUACCAUUGCUCAGAGGCCUGGAUCUGGAGGGAAAAGUGACAGUGAAGGAUCUUCAUCUUCUGGGUGGGGAGCUCCAGCAUCUCAGCCAGUCCAGACAGGAUCAGGAUGGGGUGACCCCCCACAGUCAGUCAGUAAAGCUCCGAAUGGCACUACUAGUGGCUGGGGAGAUCCUUUGCCUUCCAGUGGUCCCAAGAAUGGGGGUACCUCAUCCUGGGGAUCAGAGGACAAGUCAUCCAGCUGGGACAAUGGCCUAGUGAAAAACCAGCCUACUAGCUGGGGAGAAGGCCCCAAAAAUGCCCAUAAGUGGGGCAACAACAAUAAUGGUGGUUCUAAUGGCUCCACCACAGGGGAAUGGGGAGAGCCAGACAUCAAGAAUAAUGGUUCCUCUAGCAGCAUGUGGGAAGGAGAAGGAAGUAACGGAGGAAAUGGUGGAUGGAAGGAAAGUCCUCGAGGAGCAAAUGGAGGAGGCUGGGGCAAAACUCCUGCUGUGAGUAAUAGCAGCUGGGGGGAGACCUCACGUGCCAAUGGACCAGUGCAGGGUGGCUGGGGCUCCUCCAAGCCACAAGAAAGCAGCAGCAGCAGCAGCACUGGUAGUGGAGGAGGUGGAAGUAUUGGUUCUUGGGGAGGUCCCAGUUCUGUGAAGCAGAACAACUCUAGCUGGGGUAAUGUCAGCAAACAGGACCAAGGUAUGGAGCCUACUGGCUGGGAAGAGCCCUCUCCUCCCUCCAUUCGUAGGAAGAUGGAGAUUGACGAUGGAACAUCUACCUGGGGGGAUCCCAGUGCCUACAACAAGACAGUCAACAUGUGGGAUCGUAACAAUCCCACUAGUAACCCAGGCAACAGCGGCCCCCCUCCAAGUAAGAAUGGUGGAAUGAUUAUUCCCAACAAUAACAACAACAAUCACUCCGUUGGACCUGGCAACAACAAUCACCAUCACUCUCACCCUCACCAUAUGCACCACCAUACUCAUCAUGGCCAGCCCCCAACUCACCUGCAACACCAUGGAAACAACAAUGGGUCGCCCAACAAUGCAGCAUCACAUCCAAGUGUGGGGCCCCAAGGCAGACCCACCCACUCCAACCCAGGCUGGGGGGAGAUUCCAAGUGUUCAGCCCAAGUCAGAACCUGCUUGGGGAGAGCCAGCAGCUCCAACAUCAGCUGUGGACAAUGGUACCUCAGCCUGGGGCAAGCCCCCAGGUGGGGUAGGAGGAUGGGGAGACGGUGGCCAUGAGUCCUCUGGCCCCUAUGGCAGGGGAAGUGGACCCCCAGGUUCUGCACCUUGCAAGCCAGGCCCCAAACCUAUGCAAGAUGGCUGGGGAAAUGGAGGGGAAGAGAUGGGCAUGUCUACCAGCCAAUGGGACACUGAGGAUGGGGAUGUAUGGAACAGCCCAACCCCCCAGGAGAGCAGCUCUUCUUGUAACUCCUGGAGCAAUGGACCCAAGAAGUGCCCAAACAAGGGCAAGAUGGGCAACAAGCCAGAUGAGGCCUGGAUUAUGAACCGUCUCAUCAAGCAACUCACUGACAUGGGCUUUCCGAGAGACCCUGCUGAGGAGGCAUUGAAGAGCAACAAUAUGAACCUUGACCAGGCUAUGACUGCUCUUUUAGAGAAGAAAACAGACCUGGACAAGCGAGGCAUGGGCAUGUCUGAUUACAGCAAUGGCAUGAACAAGCCUUUGGUGUGUCGGCCUUCCGCACUCUCCAAAGACCCCUCCGAACGCAACGCCUUCCUCGACAAGGAUGGCGUCCUGUCAGACGACACCCCCCCAUCACCGUUUUUGCCUUCCCCCAGCCUGAAGCUCCCCCUGGCCAAUAGUAGCCUUCCUGGGCAGGGUCUGGGACAGGGCAACCCGGGGCUGGCCAUGCAAAACUUGAACAGACAGAUACCCAGUGGAAUGUUUGGCAGUAGUGGAGCAGCACAAACCCGGGCCAUGCAGCAGCAGCCUCCUCAGCCACCAGUGCCACCUCUCAGCUCCUCCCAGCCUAGUCUACGUGCUCAAGUGCCUCCGUUUCUCUCCCCUCAGGUCCAAGCACAGCUCUUGCAGUUUGCAGCAAAAAACAUUGGUCUGAACCCUGCACUUUUAACUUCACCAAUAAACCCUCAACAAAUGACCCUGUUGUACCAACUUCAGCAACUGCAAAUGGCGUACCAGCGUUUACAAAUCCAGCACCAGAUGAUGCAGGCGCAGCGCAAUGUUUCCGGCCCUAUUAGACAACAAGAGCAGCAAGUUGCACGUACAAUCACCAACAUGCAGCAGCAGAUCCAGCAGCACCAGCGUCAGCUGUACCAAGCGCUGCUGAUGAAGCAGCAACAACUUCCCUCUCAUUCCUCUUCUUCUUCCUCCUCCACUGGUCUGCAUCCCCCCGGUGGCCCCGCCGGAGGCCCCGGCUCUGGCAAAUCAACCCUGGACCCCUUCACAGGCACUCACCAGGCUCCGAGCCUUGCCGAUACACUGCACACCAAAGAGCCGCCGUCGUCGCCCAGCGCCUACAGCACCUACCCUCUCUCUGGACUGAAUCCAAACAUGAAUGUAAACUGCAUGGAGGUUGGGGGUCUGUCCCUUAAGGAGCCCCCUCAGCCCCAAUCCCGCCUGUCCCAGUGGACACACUCCAACUCCAUGGACAACCUCUCUGGCAACUCUUCAAAUCUGGAGAACAACCUCAAUAAGCACGGUGCCAUAUCUGCUGCCUCUACCCUGGUCCCUCCUGGGAAGCCUCCUCAGCUGGAGGACUCAUACAGCCCUUACAAUCUAAUCUCCAGCUCUGAGUCUCCCACCAGCCCCCUCGUGCCCCCUGACUGGGGCCAGGGCAAGAGUCCCAGUGAAAAGCUCUCCAAUGGGACCAACAUUAACUGGCCCCCAGAGUUCUGCCCAGGGGUGCCAUGGAAAGGCCUUCAGAACAUCGACCCCGAGAAUGACCCCAAUAUGACCCCUGGCAGCGUCCCCAGCGGUCCCACCAUCAACACCAACAUCCACGACGUCAACCGUUACCUGCUGCGAGACAGGAAUGGAGGUAAACUGUCUGACAUGAAAUCCACUUGGUCCCCAGGGCCCAUCUCUCAGAGCCAAGCUUCUCUGUCCCACGAGCUUUGGAAAGUCCCACAGGGGCCACGCAGCACCACAGCCCCAUCACGGCCUCCGCCAGGCCUCACUAACACCAAGCCCUCCUCUACCUGGGGAGGCAAUUCGCUGGGUCUGUCUCAAGGCUGGAGUGGCUCAUACUCCUCUGAGGGAACCACAUGGAGUACAGACAGCUCCAACAGAACCAGCAGCUGGCUGGUGCUGAGGAAUCUCACCCCACAAAUUGAUGGUUCAACUCUGCGGACCCUGUGUAUGCAGCACGGCCCCUUGAUCACAUUCCAUCUCAACCUGACCCAGGGGAAUGCUGUGGUGCGCUACAGCUCCAAGGACGAGGCUGCCAAGGCCCAGAAGUCCCUGCACAUGUGCGUGCUUGGAAAUACCACAAUCCUGGCGGAGUUUGCUGGCGAGGAGGAAGUGAACCGCUUUUUUGCACAAGGCCAGUCGCUGGGGGCAAACACCACGAGCUGGCAGGCCAACCCGGGAACCAAUCAAAACCGAAUGGGCGGGGCAGCGCAGUCCCACUCAAUUGGCCAGUGGAGCAGCAGCACCGGCGGAGGCAAGGCCAGCGGAGGCGACCUGCUGUGGGGCGGUGUGCCUCAGUACUCCAGCCUGUGGGGUCCGCCCAGUGGAGAGGACGCACGCGUGAUUGGGAGCCCCACCCCUAUUAACACCCUGCUGCCUGGCGAUCUGCUGAGUGGGGAGUCCAUGUAGGAUGAUGCCACAACACACUAACCAACCAACCAACUAACUCACCGCCACCAUGUCAUGUAAGCCAUUGGUGGAGGGUGGGGUGGAUUAAGAAAAGAAAAAAAAAAAAAUCAAUGUGAACAGGAGCAAAACCCAAGCAAAUCAUGUGGUGAUAAUCAGUAUCAAUUUGAACUGUUUGAACUGUGAAUUGUAAAUCAGAAGGUUGGGGUCAUUACCACAGACUGCAGACCCCAGUCCUUUUGUUUUACUUUGGUCCCUUUCUCAUUUGGUUUGCCGUUUUUUGUUUUGUUUUUGAGGGAAAACAGCCCUUUUUGUCCUCUUGGUAUUUUUUAAAAUGCAUUAUAUUAAAAAAAAAAAACUGAAGUGAGACAC